AUGCGUCGUUUGCGUCUUCGUGCGACCACCGAAGCCGAGCGAAAGCGAAGAAAAAGAGUGGAAGAGAGAGAGAGAGAGAGAGAGAGAGAAAGAGAGGGAAAGCGAAGAAGCGAGCCCCCAUUCGAAUCCCUCGAAGAGUGGAAGAGCUAGGGUUUCGUCGCCCCACUGCUUCCUCGAGCUCGUCUUCUCCGCCGCGUUCUAGAACGUUCGGAGGGAUUUUCCCGUCCCUCUGUUUCUAGGGUUUCGGCGGCCCGAUCUGAGCCGGCCUCUCUCAUGGCGGAGAAGCUCCGGGAUUUGAGCCAGCCGAUCGAUGUCGCGCUCCUCGACGCCACCGUGGCCGCGUUCUACGGCACGGGAUCUAAGGAGGAGAGGUCAGCAGCAGAUCAAAUAUUACGGGAGUUGCAGAAUAAUCCAGAUAUGUGGCUGCAGGUCGUUCACAUUUUACAGAACUCACAGAACCUGAACAGUAAAUUCUUCGCACUUCAAGUACUAGAAAGUGUUAUCAAGUACAAGUGGAAUGCUUUGCCAGUUGAACAACGCGAUGGUAUAAAAAACUAUAUAUCAGAUGUUAUAGUACAGCUUUCCAGCAACGAAGUUUCUUUCCGGAGGGAGAGGCUUUAUGUUAACAAACUCAAUGUCAUCUUGGUGCAGGUCUUAAAGCACGAGUGGCCUGCUAGGUGGCAAAGCUUCAUUCCUGACCUUGUUUCAGCGGCAAAGAGCAGUGAAACUAUCUGCGAGAAUUGCAUGGUUAUAUUGAAGCUUCUGAGUGAGGAAGUUUUCGAUUUCUCAAGAGGAGAGAUGACUCAACAAAAAAUUAAAGAACUCAAGCAGUCACUGAAUAGUGAAUUUCAACUCAUUCAUGAGCUAUGCUUAUACGUACUAUCAGCAUCACAGAGAACAGAGCUUAUACGGGCUACAUUGGCAACCCUUCAUGCUUUUUUAUCAUGGAUUCCUCUUGGUUAUAUAUUUGAAUCGCCACUGCUAGAGACACUCCUGAAGUUUUUUCCAGUGGCUUCGUACCGGAAUCUAACACUUCAAUGUUUAACAGAGGUUGCUGCUCUCCAGUUCGGUGAAUUCUAUGACAUGCAGUAUGUUAAGAUGUAUACCAUAUUCAUGAUGCAAUUGCAGACUAUUCUGCCUCCUGGAACGAAUAUCCCGGAAGCUUAUGCCAAUGGCUCUACUGAAGAACAGGCAUUUUUCCAGAACCUUGCACUGUUUUUCACUUCAUUCUAUAAGUCACAUAUGCGGGUAUUGGAGUCCACACCUGAAAAUAGAGCUGCAUUGCUUUUGGGCCUUGAAUAUCUUAUUGGCAUCUCGUAUAUUGAGGACACGGAGGUUUUCAAGGUUUGCCUGGACUAUUGGAAUAUUAUGGUCCUGGAGCUGUUUGAAGCACAUCAACAGAUGGAGCCUGCAGCAACUGCAGCAAUGAUGGGGCUUCAGACUCCCCUGAUCUCAGGAAUGGUAGAUGGCCUUGGUUCAGCAAUUCUUCAAAGGCGACAGCUAUACUCAGGCCCUUUAUCAAAGUUAAGAAUGCUCAUGAUUUGUCGUAUGGCAAAGCCUGAGGAAGUAUUGAUUGUCGAAGAUGAAAAUGGCAAUAUCGUUCGCGAAACUAUGAAAGACAAUGAUGUCCUCGUUCAAUAUAAGAUUAUGAGGGAAACACUCAUCUACUUGUCGCACCUUGAUCUUGAGGAUACAGAACAGCAGAUGUUGAAGAAGUUAAGUAAACAAUUGAAUGGAGAGGAUUGGUCUUGGAACAAUUUAAAUACUUUAUGCUGGGCGAUUGGAUCAAUAUCUGGUUCCAUGCUGGAGGAGCAGGAAAAUAGAUUUCUUGUGAUGGUUAUCCGUGAUUUGUUGAAUCUUUGUGAAAUCACCAAAGGGAAGGAUAACAAAGCUGUAAUAGCAAGUAACAUUAUGUAUGUAGUGGGGCAGUAUCCUAGAUUUCUUAGGGCUCAUUGGAAGUUUCUGAAAACAGUGGUGAAUAAAUUAUUUGAGUUUAUGCAUGAAACACAUCCAGGAGUUCAGGAUAUGGCAUGCGAUACGUUUCUAAAGAUUGUUCAGAAAUGCAAACGCAAGUUUGUUGUUACACAGGUUGGCGAGAAUGAGCCAUUCGUAUCUGAACUUUUAGCCACCCUUCCAAGUACUAUUGCGGAUCUGGAGCCUCAUCAGAUUCAUACAUUUUAUGAAUCGGUCGGUCACAUGAUUCAAGCAGAAUCUGAUCCUCCUAAGAGAGAUGAGUAUCUGAGAAGGUUGAUGGAACUUCCAAAUCAGAAUUGGGCUGAAAUCAUUGGACGGGCUAGUCAAAGCGUUGAUGUCCUGAAGGAUCAGGAUGUCAUACGAGCUAUUCUUAAUAUAUUGCAGACAAAUACCAGUGUUGCUAGUUCACUUGGACAGUUUUUUAUCCCACAAAUAUCAUUGAUAUUCCUGGACAUGCUCACUGUAUACAGAAUGUACAGUGAACUCAUUUCUAACACCAUAGCUGAAGGGGGCCCUUUUGCUUCUAGAACAUCUUUUGUAAAAUUGUUGAGAUCUGUCAAGAGGGAGACUCUGAAACUGAUUGAGACAUUUGUAGAGAAGGCCGAAGGUCAAUCACAGAUUGGAAAACAGUUUGUUCCACCUAUGAUGGAUCCUGUUCUUGGUGACUAUGCCAGAAAUUUGCCUGAUGCGAGGGAAUCUGAAGUCUUAUCCCUCUUUGCUACUAUUAUAAACAAAUAUAAGUCUGCAAUGAUGGAGGACGUGCCUCGCAUAUUUGAAGCUGUUUUCCAGUGCACCCUUGAUAUGAUUACGAAGAAUUUCGAAGACUAUCCCGAACACCGUCUCAAAUUCUUCUCUUUACUUCGGGCAAUUGGGACCCACUGUUUUCAAGCUCUAAUUCAGCUGUCUAGUCAGCAAUUGAAACUUGUUAUGGACUCCAUAAAUUGGGCUUUUCGGCAUACUGAGCGAAACAUUGCUGAGACUGGGCUUAAUCUUUUAUUGGAAAUGCUGAAGAACUUCCAGAUGUCGGAGUUCUGUAAUCAAUUUUACCGGACUUACUAUUUGACAAUUGAACAAGAGAUUUUUGCUGUGCUAACUGACACAUUCCACAAGCCAGGUUUUAAGCUACAUGUUUUGGUGCUUCAUCAUUUGUUUUACCUGGUCGAUUCAAGUUCACUCACUGAGCCCUUGUGGGAUGCUUCCACCGUACCAUACCCAUACCCAAAUAAUAUGAUGUUUGUUCGUGAUUUCACCAUAAAGCUUUUGGGAUCAUCAUUUCCAAAUAUGACUGUUGCAGAGAUUACUCAAUUUGUUGAUGGGCUUUUAGAAUCAAGAAAUGAGCUUCCGACUUUCAAAAACCAUAUACGGGAUUUCCUUGUGCAAUCGAAAGAGUUCUCGGCACAGGACAACAAAGAUCUAUACGCCGAGGAGGCUGCCGCCCAGAGAGAGAGGGAACGCCAAAGGAUGCUCUCCAUCCCGGGGCUCAUCGCCCCGAGCGAGUUGCAGGAUGAAAUGGUGGAUUCAUAACAUGCUAAAAUGUACUCCACUACAGAAAAAGCUAAUUCCGCAGGUGUCUUCCUCCUAAUUUCAUUGGGGUUCUUCACAUCAUUUGCCUAAUUUUCUACCAAAAUAGGAUCCGUUUUCAUUUAAAAUUUUCCUGCUGAUUUUUCUAUAUUCAACCGAGAGAGAGAAAGACGAGGAGUGUCAUCUCAAGAGCUGCUCGACUGCUGGUGAUACUUUCAGGCUUUGUGGUUGAAGUAGCUGCGGCUCUCGUGCAAAAUUUGAUUGCUGAUAAGUAUAGUGUGUGUUAGGUGAUGUAUUUGAUCCAACAAACCAUAGUACAGUUAGGAUUUUACUAUUAUUGUUAUUAUCAUUACAUGUUUAGGCUCAUUCACAUCAAUGAAGUGAUGGCGUUUGACGGAGUGACAGCAUUUCCCCUUCUGCUGACUCGAGAGAUUUGUGGUUUGCUGUAUUGUUUACUAGAGAGGGUUUGAAAAUUUACAUUCUCUUACUAUUUUGAGCUGUAGUUUAGCAACUUGGUAAUUUUAUUUUUUUUAAUUUUUUUGGCUGUUUUUUUUACUUGCCUGUUGGAAUUCUAUCUUGUUGAGGGCAAGAAAAUUUCUGGAAGCAGUGUGUAAAAUUGUGUCUGGGGAAACGAUGUAUGAAUAGGAAACUACAGAUUCAGACAGUGUUAGUCUAAUUGAGGCUUUAUUUUUGAUGGAUU